AUGCUCUACGCCGGCUACUACAACCUCUCCUCCCCCUCAACCCCCUCCUCCCGCAACGCCUCCAUGUCAACAUCCUCCCGCCGCUCCAGCGAGAAAUCCGCUACCUCCACAGAACAGCAACAACUCCCCCAACAACCAGAACGCCGCAAAUCCUUCCUCCAAAAAGUGAUCUACCAACUCAAGCCCAUCGAGCAGCCCGUGCUCGUCGACGGCGUCUGGUCGCCCAUGUUCGUCUCCAAGGCUGAGCGACAGGCGGCUGAGGCGGAGGCGAAGGCUAGGAAGGCAUCUGUUGCUACAGGGCAGAAGCAGCGCGGAAGCAUCAGCAAGGCGCAGUACGAGCUGAUUAGUGCUGCUGCCGGUGCAGAAUUCGUCAAGACCUACCAUGAUCCCACCACGCUCUCGGGCAAGCCGUUGGGUCGUGCCUUCUGCUCGACGUGCGGCUCGAAGCUACACGCCUUGACACCACUCCGCGAGGACAUCAUCAGCAUUCCCGCAGGAUUGUUGGCUUCAGCACAUUCUGGCAUUGGGACCAUCGCUAAGGAGACUGGUCUCGAUGGAGAUUCGUGGGCAAAGUGGAAGCCGAGUAAAGAGCAGUUUUGUCGAGAAAAGGCUGGUUGGGUGCCACAGUUCAGUGUUAUGGAUACAGAGGAACGGUAUGUGACAGGUACCAUGGGUCAGAAGGUCGGGCAGAGUCCGAAGAUCUGA